AUGAUUUAUGGUGGAGCUGGGGCUGGGGCAGGGGCUGGGGCUGGGGCAGGAGCUUAUGGUCACGUAGGCGGUGGCGUUCAAGCAGGAAUCCACGCAGGACUCAGCGCUGGUAUAAAUGCUGGAAUUGGUGGUUACGGUGGUAUUGGUGGCUACGGCUACGGUGGUAUGGGUGCUGGUGGUUAUGGUGGUAUGGGGGCUGGUGGUUAUGGUGGUAUGGGUGCUGGUGGUUAUGGCGGUAUGGGAGCUGGUGGUUAUGGUGGCAUGGGAGCUGGUGGUUAUGGUGGAAUCGGUGGUGGAAUUGGUGGUGGAAUUGGCGGUGGAAUUUCCGCAGGUCUCAGUGCUGGUAUAAGCGCUGGAAUAGGCGCAGAAGUAGGUGCUGGUGCUGGUGCUGAAGCUGGUGCAAGUGGUUAUGGUGCCGCCGGGGGUACCUCCUAUGGGUACGGCACGUAUGGCUAA